UUAAAAAUGGGAGGCACAUUCCAGCUAAUUCUAACCGCUUGAGCGACAAUAGAUUAAUAUAAAUCGGGGAUCUUCUGUCACUCCGCCUCUCGCUCUCCUUGGGCGGUUGCUUUGAAGUUGUUGGAGUCUUACCGAGAAAGGGUUUGCCUUCAUCCCCUCAAAGGCUCCAAUUUCUUCUUCCUUUUCCAUAAUUUUAGAGGUUGAUGUGCAAGUGCUUCCCCGUUGUCUUUUCUUUCACUACAUUUUACUCUUGUUAGUUUUGGUGAUUCUUUAUUCUUGGUCUUGUUAGUGUUGGAUUGAAGGGUAGCAUUUGAAGAACUUGGUGGAAGGAAAGCCAUAAUGCUAUCUUGUUGGUUGCUGAAUUCUCGUCGAAGGGACAAUAUGGGCGAGAUUCAACUAGGUUCACACACUGUGCAAUCUCAUGGAGUCAAAGUUGCAAAAAUACAUAAGCACGAUUGGUUUAUUGUCAUUUUUCUUAUGAUGCUGGUGGUGGCUUUGAAUAUUAUUCAUCCAUUUUACCGUUUUGUUGGGAAAGAUACGAUGACAGAUCUGAAAUACCCUCUGAAGAGUAACACUGUGCCAGUAUGGGCUGUUCCAAUUAUUUCAGUGUUGUUGCCAAUCGCUGUUUUUGUUGCUGUCUAUUUUCGUAGGAGAGAUGUUUAUGAUCUGCAUCAUGCGAUGCUAGGCCUCCUUUUCUCUGUGCUGAUAACUGGAGUUAUAACUGAUGCUCUUAAGGAUGCAGUAGGGCGGCCUCGUCCUGACUUUUACUGGCGCUGUUUUCCUGAUGGAAAGGAGUUGUAUGAUCGAGUAACAGGAAAUGUUAUUUGUCAUGGAGAGAGAAGUCUCUUAAAAGAUGGACACAAGAGUUUUCCUAGUGGUCAUACUUCAUGGUCCUUCGCAGGUCUUGGUUUUCUUGCAUUAUAUUUGUCCGGAAAAAUUAAAGCCUUUGAUCAGAGGGGUCAUGUGGCAAAGCUUUGCAUUGUAUUUCUUCCUCUACUUGUUGCAUGCCUGAUUGGAAUAUCAAGAGUGGAUGACUAUCGUCAUCAUUGGCAGGAUGUUUUCGCUGGUGGUCUUCUCGGUAUCGUAGUGGCUACAUUCUGUUAUCUGCAGUUCUACCCUGCCCCCUAUCAUACUGAUGGUUGGGGCCCAUAUGCAUACUUCCAGAUGAUGGAGUCGUCUCGAGCCAAUCCAACCAAUGCAGCAAACCAGCAACCCGAAGGUAGCAGUAACAAUGAAUUACCAGGAGCACAUCAUGAUAGGACUGAACCAAAUGAUUUAGAGUCCGGGAGAACGUGAAGGAACGCUCUACUCGGACCACUAGAACUACUGAUGUUACGGAUAGCACCACCUCUAACUUGUCUCUUGUACAUAGGCACAUGGCUAAACGUUGGAAAAAGAAGUGUUUAAUCAUGUUAAUUAUGAACAAGUUAAUCAAUUCUGACGAACUGGUACUCAGAAUGUUGGUAUUUCAACAGCUUUCGGAUGUAAUGUGGUCCUGGUGUAGAACUACCGUUCAAACCGUUGGUUGCUUGCUCG